CGCCGGCAGGGACCGAGAGGUGGUCGGCAGCGGCGACCGGCGAGGAGUGACGAGGGAGUAAAGAAGGCCGGGAUAUGUAUGCCUGAGGAGGGCAGACAAGAGCAAGCGAUGGAAUUACAAAAGCCAUCCGAGAGGGUGAAUAUGGCCGUUCAACUAAUCACUGUGCUGGUGCCGAUUGCGAAAAGCAUCUGCCAAUCAUGGUCACGGAGCGACAAAGAAUCCACGACAUCGACUCAGGGCAGUUCACAGCAAAACACUCGCCCGAUGGCGGCCGACGCCAGGACUGAGCGCAAACCGGCGGGUGCAGCGGCUAAAGCACAGGAGAAGCUGGUCGCGCAGGCACUUAAAGAGCGCGAGGCCUCAGGUGCCCUACUGCAGAAGGAACGUGAAGCCUCGGGAGCGCAACUCCAGAGGGAGAGAGAAGCAUCGAGACUGGAAAUACAACAGGCCAAACAGGAGUGCCGUCAAGAAAUUGACAAAAUUAUUCAUGAGAAGCAAGAAUGCGUUGAGCGUAUGAAGCGAGAAAUGGAAGGCAAGAUGCGACAGAAAAAUGUGCUGGUGUUCUUACUGGGUUCGAUGCUAGUAUUGGCCACGUUUGCAGCCAUUACGCUGUGGAUGGGAACCCGAGAGACACCGUGUCCUAUUGACGAGGACACGUUGAACGCUGAGAGGCUGGAGGUGGCUCGACAGGAGGCAGUUCGACAGGAGACCAUCAGAGAGAGGCAGGAGGAGUGCAACGCUGAGAUCGCCAGGGUGAAAGAGGAGGCGCAAUCGCGCAUCGACUGGCUGCAGAGACACAUGUGGUACAACCAGGCGCUGUCAAUGGCGCUGGUGAUGGUGGUGACGGUGGCCGCCACGCGACGGGAACAACUCGUGAAAACAGUCGUCUCCACUCUCUUCACAAUGCUGUGGAUGGGCUGGCGCACUCUGGUAAAGUCUCACCCGCGAUGGAACACGUCAGCUGGGCCUCGGCUUGCGCUAAGUGAAAACGAGACCCAGGGGGCAGAGACCAGCCUCGGUAGUGACUUUGUGAAGCGGACCGUUCGCCGCGGGGACCUCCUCCCUUACAUAACCCCCUGGCAGCCAGCAGGGGUCACAAUGACGCCGUGACAGUUGGCGGUCGCGUGGGUAGCGUGAUGUGACAUUUCGGCACGUGUGGCGGCGCCUAUAUGAGAGAGCGGGCGAGGUGGGGGGUCAGAGUCCGUCCUGACCGUUGGGCCCGCCAAGACGUCCGUCACCUCUACAGGGAAGCAGACUAGUCCAUCCAAGAUGGCGCGUCCGCUCUUCAUUCUUCUCCUGGUGGCCACAUCACUGUCUCUCUCCGCGGCUCUCAGCUGUCUGGAGUGCACCAAAGAGCGCAUUGCAGAGUGCAAGCCCAGCGAGCCAUCUAAACUGGCUUGUUUCCCCAAGGGACGCCAGACUUUGCCGUGCGCCUGCUGCAAGAGCUGCAGGAACGGUCUGGGAGAGAAGUGUGGCGGACUUUGGGGACUUGAUGGUUUGUGCGCCGUGUAUUUGUACUGCAAGCUGCCUCCUCUGGAGCCGGGUGAAUAUGACUUUGGCAGAGUGGGAAUUUGCGCCUAUCGGUGAGAGCGCCAUUGUAAACUAGACUGCUGCCCAAACCGCUUGACUCGGACACACUGGUAACGUCUGUGUGUCCCUACCGUUUGCUUGGACCCAUGUGCGAUCAAAUCUAUCUCCGCAUCGUCAAAA